UUUUAAAUACUUUUGAUAUACAGUAUCCAUGUGUUGUUCCUCCCGUGGAAAGUGUUUCCACGUGUUGUCCGCUAUUAAAAUGAACUACUCACCAUGACUCUUUUUUUUGAGCAAUCUUACACAAAUUUGCUCUUUGCCUUCUUCUUUUAUUUUGUCUUUUGUUACUUCUCUCAAGAUAACUACUCUUCAUCAUCACAAUAUGGUACAUGCACAGUUGAAUCUUAUUCGGAAGAUUGUAGGAAUAUUAGGAAACUUCAUCUCUCUAUGUUUGUUUCUGUCACCAACGCCAACGUUUGUACACAUAGUGAAAAAAAAAUCAGUGGAAAAAUACUCACCAAUGCCAUAUUUAGCCACUCUCCUAAACUGUAUGGUUCGGGCUCUUUAUGGACUUCCUAUGGUUCAUCCUGAUAGCACCUUGCUCGUUACAAUCAGCGGUAUAGGAAUCGUGAUCGAAAUCGUUUUCCUUACCAUCUUUUUCGUUUUUUGUGAUCGUCAACAACAUCGGUUGGUAAUAUCCGCUGUUUUAACCGUUCAAGCUGCGUUUGUGGCUACUCUUGCGGUUUUGGUAUUAACCCUCGAACACACUACCGAACAACGGACAAUAAGCGUUGGGAUUGUUUCUUGCGUUUUCAACGCUAUGAUGUAUGCUUCUCCAUUGUCCGUCAUGAAAAUGGUAAUAAAAACAAAAAGUUUAGAGUUCAUGCCGUUUUUGUUAUCCGUAGUUAGUUUUAUAAAUGCAGGUGUUUGGACAAUUUAUGGCUUUGUGCCUUUUGAUCCAUUUUUGGCUAUACCAAAUGGGAUUGGGUGUGUGUUUGGACUAGUACAAUUAAUAUUGUAUGGUACCUACUAUGAAUCCACCAAAGGGAUAAUGGCGGAAAGGAAGGAGCGACUCGGCUACGUUGGUGAAGUUGGGUUAUCUAUUGCGAUCGGUCAAACGGAACCUGAGAACAUCGCAUAUUUCAACAAAAGAGUUAACGGUGUUUGAUUUUUUGGUCUUUUUGUGCUAUUCACUGUUAGAUUAUCAUACACAUCUAGGACUUAUUUUUUUGAAGGACUGUAAUAUGCGAAUAAGAUGACAAUUUUCGUUGUCCAUUAACAUUUUGAGAAGCCAUGGACUAUUUUGAAAUAUUGGUGUGUAAUGUUACAUUGUCUAAGAAAACAAAAAGAUUACUUCUCUCUUUGGUUCAUUUUGUUUUUGGAGGUCAUUUCUUUGAGAGAAAG